UUGGCAGUUUUUGAAAUGGCCGCGGCUGGCAGGCAGUGCAAGGCCAAGCCAAGGCAACUAACCACCAGCAACAACGCCCGUUCCGUUCCGCUGUACGCCGCCGCCGCCAGCCGCCAGGUCCAACCAACCCGACCCGACCAAACCGACGCCGACGCAGCGGAGCUCGCUCCACUGGCCGAUGCGAUGGCGAUACGAUCCGACGCCAGAUACCCGCGCGGCGCGGGGCGCGGCGGCAGGCGAGAGUACAGUACUACUCUCUCUACCGUCCUGGUACAGUACAGUACACCUCCAGCUCUCCCCGUCCUCGGCUUGUUUUUUCUCUCGCUCGCUCGUCGCGUACAGCUGGACGCCUCCUUCCCCCCACCUCCUUUCUCGCUCUUGUUCCCUGCUUCGCUUCGCCUCCGUCCCCUUCCUUUGCUUCCACCUCCACCCCCCUCCUCGGUCGUAGAGAGAGAGAGAGAGAGAGAGAGAGAGGGAGCCCGGAGGAGACCGCCGCCAGGGAGCGCGAGGAGGCGGAGGAGUAGCAUGGCGGCGCCGCCGUCGAGGUCCCGGGGCGACUACGACCACCUGAUUAAGCUCCUGCUCAUCGGCGACAGCGGAGUUGGAAAGAGUUGCUUGCUGCUGCGGUUCUCUGAUGACACAUUCACAACAAGUUUUAUCACCACCAUUGGCAUUGAUUUCAAGGUCAGGACAGUUGAGCUUGAUGGAAAGCGUGUAAAAUUACAAAUCUGGGAUACUGCUGGUCAAGAACGUUUCCGAACAAUUACCACAGCUUACUACAGAGGAGCUAUGGGCAUUCUGCUUGUAUAUGAUGUCACAGACGAAUCAUCCUUCAAUAACAUUAGAAAUUGGAUUCGCAACAUAGAGCAGCACGCAUCUGAUAAUGUCAACAAGAUCUUGGUGGGCAACAAGGUUGAUAUGGAUGCAAAGCGGGUAGUGUCCACAGCUCAAGGUCAGAAGCUCGCAGAUGAAUAUGGGAUCAAGUUUUUCGAGACGAGUGCAAAAACAAAUCAAAAUGUGGAGCAGGUUUUCUUCACCAUGGCAAGGGACAUAAAGCAAAGACUCACCGAGACUGUAGCCGCUGCGACUGAGCCCCCAACUAUUCAGAUUAGCAGGCCAGAUCCCGACCAGGCUGGCACGGCCUCGUCAAGGUGGUCAUCCUGCUGUAACACCUGAUCUGCAGCGUGGUGGCGUAAUCGCACAGCCGUCUGUCUUGAUGUGUGACUGCUAGGGUUGCUGCUUAUCGUGUGUGUUUACACUCCGGUGCCAAAGCCAAGAUGUAAAUUUCGCUCGGUUGAUGAUAUCUAGUGCAAGAGACCAACAACUCUGACCACUAUGGGUGCUGUGAUUCUUCAGUGAGGUGUUCCGGUGUUCCCGCUUCACAUGUUAUUGUCGCCUUGUUGUAGUAGCCCCAGUGGCUUGCGCUAAUUAAUGUAUGCUUGGGAACUCAGUGCCUUUUAGCUCCAGAUUUGCCAGAGCAAACAAACGUCUAAGCAGAUAAGCUGGUGGAUUGAUUUGCUCCUGUCAUCAUGUAAACAAAACCUUGGAGAGACAGACAGCAGUAGUGUCUGAUUGUGUGGAAACAUGGUUGUACAUUAUUAUUUAGUGCAUUACUGCUAUCUAUAUAUAUCUCCUGCUGUUUGCUCC